GAUACCGAGAAGGAGUAUAAAUAUUCUUCAUCUCACCCGUACAAUCUCAUCUCUUCCAAUUUACACAACAUUUAGAUCCGGUUACAUAUCACAGAAAUCUCAUCCCGGCAUUUGGGUCCAUCCAACACCAUACUUCAAUUACCGACCUAUUGGACGGCACACCAUUGAACAGAAGUCGAAAUUGGGCAAAUAUUUGACCAACAAGGUGCCCACGUCACGUCACUCAUCAAAAGCAACAUAUGCAGGCAGCAUACGAAUUCGGAAGCCAAGGAACAUUAAUUAUAGCGGCAACGUUGGUACUUUGUUUGACGCCUGGCAGAUACAUACAUGUAGUAGUCUAUGCACUCAGGGUGAAUUUUCCUUCCCCCUUCUUUGUUCAUAACUUCCUCUCUUUUAUUCGCUUCUAUCUUGCUUCAGUCAGGGUCCUUACAGGGACCCUAGGUAGUUCAUUCGAUUGGUCGGACGCCAAAAGAUCUACCGCGACCAGGGUUCGGUUUCCCAGGGUUUUAAUAAUUCUGUUAAUCAACGGUCACCAUCCGCAAUUUUUUAUAACACCACAGAAGAGACAUUCGACUUAUUGAGCAGUUGGGAGAAGAAAGAAAGCAGUCUUAUAUAUCUCAAGGCUUGUUCGCAAAUCGCUGAGAUUCUGUGUUAGCAUAAGAACUCUCAGGAGGGGCGUU